AUGAGUGAAGAAUAAAUUGAAUAACCAAAUGAUGAUAAUCAAGAAUAAUAAAAUGAUUAAGAGCCUUCACCAGAAUAGAAUGAAGUUUAAGACAGAGAUCCUGAAUAACCAUAAGAAGAAGAGCCUGAAAAGCCUCCUGAAGAAGAUGAAGAAACUAGACGGUUACGAUUAGAGAGAGAAGAAUAAGAAAGAAAAGAGAGGGAAGAAAGAGAGGAACAGGAAAGAAAAGAAAGAGAAGAAAGAGCAGAAUAAGAAAGAAUUGCUAGAGAAGAAUAUGAAGCUAAAUUGAAAGAAGACACUGCAAAAUUUAAUGAAUUAGUUUUAUAAGGAAUUUCAGGAUUGAAUAAAACUCAAACUGUUUAUGCAUAUGUGAAAUUAAAUCUUGCAGAAAAAGACAUUGAGAGAUUAUUUUAGAUUAAUCAUUUGAAUCUAAGAUAUAUUGAUAUUUCAUAAAAUAGAAUUGUAGAUAUUACUAAUUUAUUACCUUUAAAGUAUAUAUAAUUAUUUUAUCUUUUUAGAUAUUUAGUUUCAUUAAAUGCUUCAAAAAAUGAGAUUAAUACACUUUCAUAUUUUUAAGAUCCUGAAGCAUUUCCAUAUUUGUAAUAUUUAAAUCUCUCUACAAAUAAAAUUAAAUCUCUUGUAACACUAUCAUUAAAGAGAUUGAGAAGAUUAAAUUUAAUAGAAAAUGAAAUUACUAUUGCAAAUGAAUUUGAAGGACAUUAAAAUAUUGAAAUUCUUGAAUUAGGUAAAAAUAAAUUAAAAUUAACAGAUGGAUUAGCAAAUAUGCCAUAAUUAAAAGUAUUUUAUUUAUUUAUAAUCUUUAUAGGAACUUUAUUUAUAAGGAAAUGAACUUAAAGAUUUUAGAUCAUUAAAUAAUCUACCAUCUUUAUUAAAAUUAAAUUUAAGAGCAAAUAAAAUUACAAAAAUUAAAACUCCUGUUAUUGAAUUUCCAUAAUUAUAUUAUCUUAAUCUCAGAGAGAAUUAAUUAUCUAAAUUUGAUGAUUUUAAGAAAAUUGCCAAAAUUAGAACUAUAACAACUCUUAAUAUGUUAGCUAAUCCAAUAGUAGAUGAAAUGGGUGCAGAUAAUUUUAAAUAAGAAAUUUUAAUGUUUUAUUUUCAUUUGGUUAGAAUAAAUAAAGUAGAUAUUACAAAAGAAGAUUAUGAUGAAGCUGCGAGAGUAUUAUAAGAAAGAAGAGAUGAAGAAGAAAGAAAAAGAAUUGAAGAAGAAUAAGCAAGAGAAGAAGCAAGAUUAGCAGAAGAAGCUAGAUUAGCAGAAGAAGCAAAAUUAGCAGAAGAGGCACGUUAAGCAGAAGGAGUAAAAGAAGGAGAGGGAGCUAAUGAAGUUGCUGAAUGA